GGCUGGGAGGCAGAGAGUAGACACGAGACAGACACACAGAGACAAAGAGAGAGACAUAGAAAUACUGAAAGAGUCCAUCAGAAAAAGAGACAGAAACAUAGAAAGGGGGACAGAAACACAUAGAAAGAACCAUUUCAACCAGAUCGUUGACUACCCUCACACACUCUGGUUCUCUUAUCCUGAGCGAGAAGCCAGCCAGUCAGCCAAUCGUCCAACAUGUCGGGAGGAGGCAGUUUCGUCUUCACCCCCAUGGCCCUGCGCUCCCUCCAGCUGGACAAGGACAUGCUGGAGAGAGACAAGUACAAGAAGCAGCUAGCCAGCCACCAGCUCAACGGCUACAUGCUGAAGAAAGAGGCCAGGGACAGGGUAGUCCCUGCACCUACGAGGACCUGCACCUAUGUUAGACCCCCAGCUGUGUGCCAUGACCUGGUCAUCCAGAACGCAAUCUAUACUGGGGAUGCGGACGCUGUGCAGCGAUUCUUCCCCAGGGGUGUCACGUCGAACCUCAUCAUCGAACCCCAGGGAGGGGACAUGCGCUGGGUGGCCAGGGGGGAAGGACUGUGGUCUCUGACCUAUGAGCAGCAGCUGACAACCCCACUCCACAUUACAGCCGGCCGGGGGUUUGUUGACUGCCUGAGGCACCUGCUGCAGCGCGGGGCCAGCGUAGACCUAGCCCCUGGGGGCAGCACUGCCCUCCAUGAGGCCUGCCAGAAUGGCCAGCCCCAGUGUGUAAAAUUGCUGCUGUCCCAUGGUGCCAACUCCAACGCUGUCAGUGAAGAUGGGCUCAUGCCCUUGCACGUGUGCACCAGUCCUGAGUCCCUAGUGUGCGCCAAACACCUGCUCCAGUUUGGCGCUGCAAUCAAUGGGCGGAGCCUCGGCGAGGAUAACACGCCGCUACAUGUGGCGGCACAGAACGGGCUCCCGGGUCACACGGAGCUGUACCUGCACUACGGCGCCGCCCUGGAGAAGCGGAAUGACGAUGGUCUCACGCCACUCAACGCUGCUUGCUCACAGCCACAGGAGAAGGGCGAUCUGGAACGCUACACCAAGGUAUGUGAGCUGCUGCUGACGGCGGGAGCUGACGUCAACACAGAGGACCAGGACAAACAGUCCCCGCUCCACAUGGCCUGUAAGAACAUCAACCCGGGCGUGGUGGAUCAUCUUCUAGCCCACGGAGCCUGUGUCAAUACCAUGUGUUACAGUGGAAACGCCCCCAUGCAAAACGUCCUCAAGGUGGUGGCCUACAAGGCGGAUCACAAGCCAGAGAGGGUAGUUCGCUCUCUGCUCAACCACGGCUCCAUCAGGGUGUGGCCUGGAGCACUGCCCGAGGUGCUAAAGUAUUGCUGUGUCUCCCCACGCACCAUUGAGGUUCUUCUGAAUGCGUACGACCGCCUCAAGGUCACAGAUGACUGGGUGGAGGCUGUUUCACCUGAGAUGUUUAAGGAACACAAGGGGUUCUAUGAAUCCGUCUUCUCCCUGCAGCAUACCCCUCGCUCCCUACAACACCUGGCUCGAUGGAAGUUCAGGAACUACCUAGAUGGGCACGUGCACAAGGUGGUACCACAGCUAGACCUGCCCACCUUCAUCAAAAAUUUCCUGCUGCUGGAGUUCAGAGACUAUGUCCACUGAGUCAGAGAUAGAGCCAGGAUGUAUAUAAGCCCUAAACACUAAAUAUAUUGUGAUACAUGGUAUGAUAUGGUUAGAAUGCCCAGCAAUAUAGAGCUCUGUAUUGUAUGUACACUCAGGACAAACACUAGGAAUUCAGUCUGUCUGUGUUAGUUUUUGCAGAGUGACACAGAAGGAGGAUCAUCAUCAUAGACCUACAGAUGGUGGUACUACAGUAAGUACUACCGCUCCUGGAUCCAUUAUCCUCGAGAUUGCAGUGUGAGUAGUGCUCAGUAAAUGGAUAACAUUAUCUACAACAACAUAUGACAAAAUGACGUUUUGGACAUCAGUUGUGUCUCUACAAUUGAUUGUAUUCAUUUUAUUACUAUUUUCGUUGACAAUUCAAAUGUCUUUUGCGUUACAGCAGAACCUUGUUAAUCUGAGUCACCACAAGGGGGUGCUGUGGUCUUCAAACGACAAAAUGAGAUGUACUUUAUUGGAUGGCUGGCUUCCUUCUGUUUUUUUGUUCUAUUUUAUUUGUUGAAGAAGCGUCACGUGUAACCUUUUUUAUGUAUAGUGCUAUCAAUGGCACUGAAAUGUUCAUACGUAAAGUAAUCUUACGUUGAAGGAGUACAAGGACAUCGUUUACAUAUUUUGAUAUUGAGAUUUUUUUCCAAAAUAAUCAAAUUUCAGAGAAAAAUAGAAGACUAUUGUUUGGCUAAGCACCUUGUCAUGUAAUGGAGGUUGUCCCACCUAGCUAUCUUAAAAUGAAUGCACUAACUGUAAAUCGUUCUGGAUAAGAGCGUCUGCUAAAUGACAAACAAAAAAAUAUUACAAAAUGUAUGAUCAAUGUCAAUAUGAUUUUAUGGAUAUAUAGUAAGUAUUUGGUAGAGAAUUACUAUUACUUUUUAAAUUAAAUGAAUCCUAAAUGAGCAAAUGUAUGUGAUACAUGUUUAUUGCUGAUAACUCCUUUCCUUUAUGUCAGAAUAUUUGUC